AUGCUCCUCAUCAAUUUCGAUUCCCAAUCAGUCAGAAGGAAGAGUAGAUUCAGAUUUGAUAAAAGAUGGCUCACUAAAGAAGGAGUGAAGGAGGUUAUUGAAGAAGCAUGGACCAAACCAACAGAGGGAACCCCAAUGUUCAAAGUUAAGGAAAAAAUCAAAGCUACUAGAAUUGCCCUUUUGUCUUGGAUUAGCUUGCAGAGUGGCAGAAACUCCCAAAUUUUGGGAUACCCCUGGAUUAAAACACUGAAUUUUCAGAGAAUUGCUUUCAAAGAAGAAACCCAUACAACCUGUUCUUGGGUUCAUGAACUGCUGGAUCCAAAUGGCAGGGAGUGGAAUUCUGAGCUGGUGAACUCCCUUUUUGAAGCAGAUGUUGCAGAAGCUAUUCUUAAGCUGAAUCAUUUGAAUCCUGCAAAACAAGAUGGCUGGCUCUGGCAGAAUGCAAGCAAAGGACCAUUCUCU